CCGCACCGGGCCGCUGCUGGGCCGCCGGCGCGGCGCGGCCGCCGGCGCGGCCGCGGAAGGAGGGGCGCGAGGUGCACCGGGUGAUCGGCUUCCAGGGCGUCGCCGCCGCGAGGUACAUGAAGCAGGUGGAGGAGAGCCACAAGGCGUCGAUCGAGCGGGUGCCGCACCUCUUCGAGGCCGCCGGCGACGGCAAGAAGACCUCCGUGAACCUCAAGUUCUCGGUCGUGCACAGCGACCACGCCUCGGCCGCGUCCGGGAGGCCGGGGGCCGGCGCCGCGGCGGGCCCGCAGCAGCCCGAGCGUGCGCGGGCGGCUUCGCGCCCGCGGAGGCGCUGGACCAGAGCCGCAGGCAGCAGCAGCUGGAGCAGUCGCGGGAGGACGAGCAGGCCGUCGCGCGCUGGGUCCACGCGGUCACCGGCGACGCGGGCGCCCUCGCGGCCGCGGAGGGGCGGCGGCCUCUCGAGGAGGCCUUGCAGUCGGGCGAGGCGCUCUGUGACCUGGUCAACGCCGUUUGGCCGGGGCAGAUCGUCGGCACGGUGCGUGGCGAGGCCCAGGGCGGGCGCCGGCUGCUCAACAUCACGCGUUUCGUGCAGGCGUGCCCGCGGCUCGGCGUGAGGACGGAGGACUUCGGCAUCGUCUGCCCGAUCCCUGCGGUAAUUCGGGUCGCGUCGUGUCGACGGGCGGCCCCGCCGCCGGCGUCCAACGAUGAACGCCGCCGGCGACCCGGCAUCGGUGGACGUUGAACGGUCCGACGUGUCGGAAACGGCCGAUCUUUCCAGGUUGAACGAUCCCCGCGGUGACAGGAAUGAGCGCUGGAGUCGCCACGACACGAACCUGUUGUUGGUCACCCGCGGGGGCGCGAAGACAGCGCGCCUCGCGCGUCGCAGCCUGGGCCAGACAAGCGCCCUUCUCCAGGGCGGCGGCGCGAGCGCGCGAACAUAACCGCACAUCGUGGGGCGCGAUGUUCGGAAUCGGGCAAGUGAGGAUUCGCAUCCCCGUUGGGCCAGUGUAUCUUAGGCACACCAGCCCACUUCCUGGGUGGGGAAGCGCCACGCGAAACCCGAGAGGAACAGCAGC